UGACCCAAUCCGAUUGGCCCAUAGUGUCAGGUUAACCGAGCAACGUAUUUUUGUUCCUGUGUCAACGAAAGAAGAAGAAAAGAACAGCAGCUAGUGAGAACCUGAGAAGUUUCCAUCAAAUAUUUUUUUCAUCACCCAUAAACGGAAAGGCCCCAUCACGUAAUCCACAAUCCGUUGCCUUUGAAGAACUCGUUUUGAAGAUGAACUCCAAUGUGGAGAAUUUGCCCCCUCAUGUUCUUCGCUUGGUGUACAAAGAAGUUUCAGCUUUAGCCGCGGAUCCACCGGAGGGCAUCAAGAUCUACCCCAGCGAUGAAGACAUAACGGAACUGCACACAGCCAUUGAAGGGCCUGAGGGAACCCCGUUUGCCGGCGGCGUGUUCCGAAUGCGCCUGGUCCUCGGUAAGGACUUCCCUGCUGUUCCACCCAAAGGGUAUUUCCUGACCAAGAUUUUCCACCCUAACGUGGGCCACAAAGGGGAGAUCUGCGUCAAUGUCCUGAAGAGGGACUGGAAGGCAGAACUCGGCCUCCGACACGUCUUGCUCACAAUCAAGUGUCUCCUCAUCCAUCCCAACCCGGAGUCGGCUCUUAACGAGGAGGCGGGGCGCCUGCUCCUGGAGGACUAUACGGAAUACGAGGCACGUGCCCGCCUGCUCACAGAGAUCCACGCCAUGGCGGGGCCCGGCAGCUCCUCAGGGUCCUCGCAGGACCCAAAUGACGGGCCACAGCCCAAGAAGCACGCGGGGGACCUCGCCAAGAGGGUGGGAGCCAGCGCGGGCGCCGUGCCCGCCGCUCUCGGGAAUGGUGCCAACGGACCCAGCAGCAGCAGUAGUAGCUCUAUUAAUAACAUAUCAGUUAAAAAGAAAGCAGAUAAAAAGCGCGCAUUGAGGCGCCUUUAAUGCCUUGAAUGCAACAUUUUCAGUGUGUUUGAUUGCGUGUGUGUGUGUGUGUGUGAGCGUGGAAAAGUGUAAAUACAGAUAUCCAAUUUGUUCCUUUUAAGUUGUUCCCUCUUUUGACCACCAUCCAGACUGUCCACUUUGUACUGUAGCGUUUGACUUGUCAGAAUUAAAGACAGAAUUAAAAUGA